CCCCCGCAGGCGGCGCUGCUCCCCGGGAAUCACGUGCACAACGGCUGCGCGGCGGAGCCCAAGGCGUCCAGGGAGCUGCCGCCGCCGCCCCCGCCGCCGCCGCCCCUGCCCGAGGGCCUGAGCUCGCCGCCGCCCGCUCCGCCUCUGCCCUUCGAGGGCGCCGGCCCCGGCUGCGGGCAGCGCCGCUCCUCCUCGUCCACCGGCAAAGUGAGAGUCCUGAGGCACAGGAAGAGCACCAAGUCUUUCAACAUGAUGACCCCGACCGGUGACAACGCGGAGCUGCUGGCUGAGAUCAAGGCUGGCAAGAGCCUGAAGCCCACGCCUCAGAGCAAGGGUCUGACCACCGUGUUCUCCGGCAGCGGGCAGCUGGCUUCCCAGCCUGACGCGCAGCUGCCGCCAGUGUCACCAGCGCCUUCCCGGCCCCGGAGCCCCACCCCUCCAGCCGCAGGGCCCCAGCCGCUGCUCAAUGGCAGCUUGGCGCCGGCGCCGCCCGCCACCCCCGCGCCAGGGGUGCAGCUCGACGUGGAAGCGCUCAUCCCCACGCACGACGAGCAGGGCCGGCCCAUCCCCGAGUGGAAGCGCCAGGUGAUGGUCCGCAAGAUGCAGCUGAAGAUGCAAGAGGAGGAGGAGCAGAGGCGGAAGGAGGAGGAAGAGGAGGCCAGGCUGGCCAACAUGCCUGCCUGGAGGCGGGACCUUCUUCGGAAGAAGCUAGAAGAGGAGAGGGAGCAGAAGCGAAAAGAGGAGGAGCGACAGAAGCAGGAGGAGCUGCAGCGGGAAAAGGAGCAGUCGGAGAAGCUGCGGACACUGGGCUACGACGAGACCAAGCUGGCGCCCUGGCAGCGACAGAUCAUCCUGAAGAAGGGGGACAUCGCUAAGUACUAGACGCUGCUUCCUCCCGCUCCUCGCAGCCGGGGGCGGGGUGGGCGGGGAGGAGGCGGCCCCUGCCCCAGCCUCCCCAGCCUGGAUGGACCCGCUGGGAGCCACGC